AUGACAGCCGCCCCCUCCCUCCUCUCACGUUUGGCUCCUCCACCUCGGGCCGGCGCCGCUAACUCUUCAACAGGGGCCCCUUCGGAACCUGCCGGGUCAGGCGCGCCUUCGCCAAUCGUACAGCGAACAAGGACGAGAGGUGCGAGAAAUCGCAAUCAAAACCAACCGCAAUCUCAGUCGCAGUCUCAGCUUUCAUCUUCACCUCCAACAGCGACCCAACACGAUUCGCCGGCACCCCGAGUUAAAGCCCCACCCAAAGCCCCGGGUACAGCACCGCGCCCCAUACCCGCGGCGACAACGAAGGCUACGACCGAUCUCGCGACUUCGAGAUGGGCUAUUACUCCACCCCCGAGUCCACCUUUGUCCAAAUCACCCCAGGCAAAGUUCAAACCCAACCCAGACGCCGUGGCGAAAUCGUGUUUCUCCUCCCCUCCUUCGACUUCACACGAUGCGAAGACGAAUGAAGGCGCUUCUUCGGAAGCGAUCAAUGCGAUCGAUGGAAUGCUGGCCAAGUUGAGAGGUUUGGAUGUCUCACCUCCCUCGACCCAACCGGUGACGGCCCUUCCACGAAAGACUUCGACGGCGCCCCCUUCGUCUGUACCGCCAAAGACGACCAACACCGCACCGACGAGACAACCUGCUUUGGGCGGUCGAUCGAUGUGGGCCGUUGAUUCGGACGAUGAUGAACAUGCUCAGAUCCCCGAGACGUACAAAGCUGUGGUCUUCGAGACGAACAAGUCGACGCAGCUUGAACCCGCUGUGAAGAUUUCGACGACGCCGAAACCCACACCAAUUCUCCCGACGCCGGUGGUUUCGAUCCCUUCUUCCACACCUUCGACACCGACGGCUAAGAGUUCACUGCCGAUCGUGAAACUUCCCUCCAGUCCGCCCGUCCAAGUCCAAAAACCUCCUUCAAGGUCUAGUACACCACCACCACCAGCUUCGAACCCGUCUACUUCUCCACCCGCUACUCCAUCUUCGCAUAUCAAUUGGGCAGACGACGAUGAUCAGGAUGGGGAUUUACCCGAGUUGGAAGAUGAUUGGUUGGUUUCGGCGACCACAACCACGAACACGACGACGUUGACCUCGAACGUGGAAAUUGACGAUUUGCAGACACGUGCUUCGGGGCUGUCGAUUUCACCUACCAGUGCGGGAAGUGCGAGUUCCCCACCAUCGUUGGAAAGUCGAUUUGUGAGGAGAGGGGCCGGAGGGGCGCCGAAUAUCGGUGGAAGUGCGACGGGAAGAGGUGGUGCUGGAUCGAGAAGUGGUGCUGCACCAGCACGAAGGACCAGAGGUAUCGAUCCGACUCUUCUCAAAGCCGGUUCGACGUCGCCUCAACCUGCUUCAGGCCGGACAGGAAAAGGACCACCAACCCCACUCCUACCACCAUCCUCUAAAUCUUCCGAUCAUCCAGGUUCAAGGCAGGCUAUUCCACCCAGUCCGAGGAAACUUCGGUCCGAUCGAGAUCCACCUCCUCAUGCAAAACCGACUCGAGGGGCACCACCACCAUCUUCAAUAGAACCUCCAAGACCCCUCCCUAGAACUCGAGUGGCUAUGAACCCCUCGGCGAAUCUAUUUGGGAGGUUGACGGGGAUCAAGAAAGAGGGGGCUGCUUCUGGGACGGUGGCUGGGGGAACGGGUGGGGCAGGGGUUCGGUAG